AUGAAACUUUUAAUAUCAAAAUCAACAGUUACGCAAAAUCAUGACGGAACACCUCUGACAGAAGUGCAGUGCAUAAAGUGCGCGCGCGGAUACAAAGUACAAAAUAAUAUUUGUACCAAGUGCGGGAGUUGUGCAUGUAACAGAAACGAAGUCAUAGUUCACGGGAAAUGUUUACCGAAAAAAUAUGUCAUUGAACGACCAAAAUAUGAAGAAAAACAUCUUCAUCCCUCUGAUCUACUAGACAUCGUCAAAUAUGAAUACAUGUGUGUUAACUCUGAUGUAGCAGCUUGCCGCUGGCUGGCUAAUGCGUGUGUGAGUAAUUUUUAUUCCUCGGAUCCAGCGGGACCAUGCAGACUUUGGAUAUUCCCAAACUUAGUCACCCAUAAAAUUCUACCCGUGCUUAUGACAAAUAAAACGAAUAAAUCCACUUCGGACGACAAAGAUUCGAAUGAAAUACGUUUGUCUAAACGACAGAUUUCAUUGGUAAUAACAGCAAUAAGCUAUGAAAAUAAUGGCAAAUUUAAAUAUCUUCACAAUUCUGGAAAUAAAUUUAUCCCCUGUUUUCCUCCUUUUACUUUAACAAUAGGCGAGAAUUACUCCGUUGAACGAAAACAGAGUUUGGACUCGCUAAAACUUCAUAUAGAUUUUGAAGCACAGUAUGCCGUCAAGUCUCCAUCCUCCGACAUAUUCAGUACUUCUUUAAUUGUGACGCAUUUAUUACCCAGCGCUGGAGUACUUCGUGGUUUAGAGAUAUGGGGUAGUAUUCUUAGUAUUCUGAUGGCAGUUUAUGCAAUAAUACAGUGGCGUGGAGUACUGCGUCGAGGAGGACUAAAAAUUUCCUUGCUACCUCUCAUCGCUGGAUCCAUCGCUGACGCUCUGUACUUUGCUACCUGGUCUUCAGUCAUGCACGCAUUAGCCGCGGAGGCGGGAACACUUGAAUUAACUUUACCGCUAUCACAAUCAGAGGAACGUGUGAUAGAAGGAAUGGUUUAUGCUGUUGUUGCCUUAAAGGUUGUGAAAGUGACUUACGUAAAUUGGAUUCAAUGUCGUUGUGACAUAUUCUUUAUUGACUGGUCCGAAUACACUCCUUACUAUAAAGAUACGCCAAUAAAUGAACAGUCAAAUAACAGCUGGAAACCAGCUAUAUUGGCGAGAGAGUGGGCAGCCAUGCAAACGAAAAGAAGAACGUCACCAGUAGCCACAGUCACUUUGACCCUCUUCAUUUUACAACUUAUGAAACCGUGGCAAGCCGUUCUACCCAGGAGUCAGGGUUACAAUUGGGCUAUUGCCUCCAUCGCAUGGUGGACUUCAUAUACAGUCGUCUUUUUAGGUCAGAUGAUUGCUCUAGAUGGACUAAGUUGGGUGGCUAAAGAAAGAACUAUACUCGAAAAACUUUUGGAUUUCGAGCUAUUGGGUCGAGAAGGAAGCACUGUCAGUAUACUACUCUACGAUGCCGAAAAUUCACCGCCGUCGUGUUUUACAAUUACGUGGUGGGGCAAUGAAUGGACACUCGCUACAUUGGAUUCCAUGAUAUUCGGUAGCGUGCUGUAUGCUACCAACGAACCACUGUUAGCUGCUUUGACGACUUUAAUACUGUACCAGAUAAUUAAAUACACUGUAACAUGGUUUGUAAAAAGGAAUGUGAGGGUUAAAACAAAUAUUGAAAGUUUUUAA